GUGGGAAAUUGUUGAUGAAAGCUGGGUAUAAAUAGUCUCUUCCGAUCACACAUUUGCAUACACAAUCCAAAACAAGCAAUGAGAGUCAUCAUCUACCUGGGCCUGCUGGCGGCUGCAGCUUCGGCAUACACUCUGCCUGAAUUCCGCGUCGUAAAUGGCACAGACGCUCCUUUGGGGAAGUAUCCCACAUUGAUUUCGCUGCAAAACUAUCAGUCCCAUUCCUGCGGAGGCACGAUACUGAACGAGAACUUUUUCCUGACUGCGGCACACUGCGUGCAAGGGGCAUCCAUGGCGUACAUGACAGCAUUGGCAGGGACAAACAACCUGAACAACGGGGGCUCUCGGCAUCAGGUGGUCGAGAUCAUCGUUCACGAGGGGUAUGACCCUGGCAACAACUGGAUCAACGAUAUUGCUGUUGUCAGGGUGGGCGUACCUUUCGUAUUCGACAUCAACACCUCCGCUGUCGUGCUCCCAACGCAGGACCAGGAGAGUGCGGGCGGAUCGGCAGGAAUCCUCGUUGGAUGGGGCACCAAUGGAACGGGUGGUACCAUCCAGAACAUUGAGCAAGAGGCAGAGCUGGUCGUGUACUCGGACGAGGAAUGUGGCGCAAUCCAUGGAGGGAGACCCCACCCCACGAAUAUUUGCGCAGGAGUGCAGGGUGGUGGCAAGGGACAGUGCAGCGGCGAUUCUGGUGGCCCAUUGUUCGUGAACGGCUACCAAGCUGGCAUCGUUUCGUGGUCUGUAAAGCCGUGCACUAUCGCCCCAUACCCAGGCGUCUACACCGAGGUUUCCCCUUACAUCGACUGGAUUCGCUCAAAAAUUUAUUAAUCCAUCUGUAU